CUUGUCUGUGAAUCGGCCGCCGGUAUAGGUAUACGGUGUACAUCAUACCUGUGCCUGUACGGCGCACCGAUAAUUCAAGCUUUCUCGUUACCACAAUAAACAGCCUCUGGGUUUCAUUACGGCAAGUGAUUAUUAAUUUAUUUAUUAUGUUGGGCCGCGGAGUACAGCUACCUGCGUUGGACUAGCUAAGAACGGAGCAUUACAUUCAGAGCCGUGAUAUGUGCCUUGUCAGAAUGCCGCGUGUUUACCGCUAAAGUACUCUGACACCAGUGAGGGACACCGACAUCGCCCUCACUGAUUGCCCUCGCCAGCGUCUGCAUUUCUUCAUCGCGGAAUUAAAUUGUACUCAGAGUGAGCCAUUCCAGUUAUCCAAUUCCAUUUCCAGUUAGCGAAAUCCGCUGCGGGAUUACAUGUGCAAGGAAGAUAAAUUUUAAUAUAAUGGAAAAAUUACUAGGCGAAGGUAUUUUCGUCUGCCUGUUCUUGAUACGGAUCCUGGUGGUCGCUGACCCGGACGGAACCGCGGGAAAUGGUCUUUCCUACUUCCUGCCGCAAAACGAGCCGGAACCGGUGAUCCCGCGCGACCGUGAAGGCACCUACACCUUCGAGUCGGUGGUGAUGCCGUCGUUCCCCGAGAGCUUCUUCCCGGGCGUGCCCAGUGAGAACGUCUUCGGCAACCUGGACUCAAUGGUGCGACGCAUCGCCAAUCCAGACAAGCCGGCCGCGGGAGGCGGCACCGCUCCCCUGGAGGAUCCUCCGCGAUCGGCGGCGCAUCCGCGGGAAAAGCGCAACAUGGGGAUGGGUGGUAUGGACGGCAGCGGCGCAGUGCCGGACAUGCAGGCCCGCGUGGCCAUGUUUCAGGCGCCCGGGCAGAACAUGGGAGCGCAAGUGUACACCGACCAGAGCAACGGUCAACAGGGCAGCGGAGCGUUUGCCCAGUCGUCCAACGCCGGCAGCGGGGCGGCCGUUGGAGGCAGUGCGGCGGCCGGCAGUGGCGUGCAGUACCAGAACAGUGCCGGCGGGAACGCGGGCGCAGCCGCCGGGACGCUGGACAACCGCGGAGGGCAGAGCGGCAACAUCAUGGCUGCCCAGGGCGGUAGCAACGCUAACGCCGGCGCCCAGGCCCCGAUGGUUUUGCCGGUCGUGACCUACUACAACGGCCAGCUGAUGCAGCCGGGUCAGAAUCCCUACGGCGUCCCCACAACGGGGACAUACACGCUGCCAGGAGCGGUGUUCACGACGACCGGCAGUUAUGGAUACCCGGUGACCGUUUCGUCCUACACCAAAUACAUCGAUGGAUCGGCGACAUAUGGCGCAGUGACGUCCGCUGCCCAGACGCAGGUCUACAACGGGAACACACUGGCCUACGGCCAGAACCGGUAUGGUGUGCCCAGUAAAGGCGAAUAUAUACAAAAUGGUAUCGAGACCACUCGACUGAACAACGGCGUGAUAGAGACGAUUUCCUACUACACCAAGUUCAUCGACGGGACGCCCAUCUUCGGCACGGUGACCAAGUCGCCGGUGCAGAUGAGUAUCAUUCUCAACGGAGGCGGUGGCAACGCUUAUCCCGGCCAGUAUGUUGGACAACAACAAGGCCAGAGCCCGAACAUGGGCGGAGCGCAGUUCGUGGGUCAGUUCCAGCAGGGCAGCAGUGCCUCGGGGCAGUAUCAGGUCACUUCCGGUGGCGGAAAUGCCGGCGCUGUUGGGGUGCAGUAUCAGCAGAACGGCGGAGGGAAUUCCAAUACGAACGCCGGUGAUUUCCGGCAGACCCAAAACAUUAACGCUGGCUCCAUGGGCGGAGGACAGGCCGCGCAGAAUCCCGGCUCGUCUCAAAACGUCAACACCGGGAAUGCGGCGCAAUAUCAGAGCUUUAACAUGGGCAACGCCGGUCAAAUUCCGGCGGGCGGCUCCAUCAACCAAAACCAAAAUAUGAAUUUCGGCGGUUCUCAAGUAACCAACUCCGGAAACGGCAACGCGGGAGUCCAGUACCAGGGAAGCGGAAACGCCAAUUACAACCAGAUCCAGCCGACCCCCACCAACAUCCCCACCACCUUCCAGCCCUUCCCGGGACCGAACAACGUCCCCGCUGUGGGCACCUACUGGUACGGCCUGACCACCUACUACUCCUCCAUCAACGCCGUCCCCGUCACGGUGACCUCCUUCGUCAACUACAACAACGGCGCGGCCACCUACGGCGCGGUGACCUACGGGACGUCCAUCCCGCCCAUCAGCACCUUUUACGCGCAGGGCAGCGUCUACAACGUCAACGGCGGCCUGGUCAUCUGCGCCGAAUGCGUCAGCAAGGGCUCCGACAACUCCUUGAAAGUGGUGGUCACUCCCGCCGUGCAGUAUCCCGGCACCUACAUCCCGGGGAAGGGCGACUACAUCCCCAUCGGGAAUGUCCAGCCGGGCAACUUCUUCGACAAUAACUAUAACAACGUGCAGUUGUCGCUAUCCACAACCACGAUAUACGAGACCUUCCCGACCGUUAUCAAUGGGCUGAGCGUCAUGGGCAAACGCACCCGCUACAGCGUGUUCUACGUCCAGCCCAACGGACAACCGGCGGUGCUGAACACCCAGCCAGUACAACCGUUCCCCAACCAGCCAAACCCGGUGAUCAACCAGAAUCCGUCCCCGAACUCCAUCGACCUGAGCAGCUUCACCAACGGCGUCAACAACGCCGUCCCCAUCAGUCCCACCGGUGUCCAGCCGGCGUCGAACCCCACCUUCAACAUCGCCAACAACAACCUCCUCCCGCAGGGGUACACCAUCUCCGCGUACGGCGCGCAGGGCGGCGACAAGUUCCUGACGUACGGCGCCAUGUCCUUCGGCUAUCCCGACGGGAGCAACGCGCAGCCAACGGCCGUCUUCGACUUCCGCAUCGUUCAGCCCGGCAACGCCAUCGUGGGCGCCGGCAUGCUGACGUCCGUCAAGCGGACGGAGCCCUUCCAGACGGCCUACCAAGGCCUCCCGGUCACCGGCACGCGCACCAUCGUCAACUUCUUCUACUCGCCGAAUGGUCAAGCGGAUAUCAACCAGCCGUCUCAAGGCGGGCAGCAGUUUCAGGGUCAAGGCAACAGUAACCAGUUUGGAGCCAUUACCGGCUCACAAAACCAGCAGUCCAGUUCGCAAAACUUCCAGUCAUUCCAGUCCUCCGGUACAUCCGGUCAGUUCGUAGCCAGUUCAAAUCCUCAGAUGCCCAACGCGGGGUCAAACAGUCAGCCGUCGCAGCAGUUUGGCAAUGGACAGCAGCAACAACAAUUUCAACAACAGCAACAACAACAGCAACAGCAGCAACAACAACAGCAGCAGCAACAGCAACAACAACAGCAACAGCAGUUUAGCGGCAUGCAGAAUGACAACCAACCAACAGGAAACGGGCAAUUCCAGACCACGCCGGGACAAGGUAUGCAGUUAUUUAAUCCCCAGCCGGCACAACAGCAGCAGCAGUUUAACGGCAUGCAGAACGCCAACCAGCAAAUGGGGAAUGGGCAAUUCCAGAACAGCCCGGGGCAAGGCAUGCAACAAGGGAUGAAUCCUCAGCAGCCGCAGCAACAACAGCAACAGCAGCAGCAACAGUUUGCCAGCAUACCGAACCAGCCAACCAGCCAACAAAUGGGCAAUGGACAAACAGGCAAUGGACAGCAAAGUGCCAACGCCUUUGGUGUCCAGGUCACCACUCAAAACACCCAACAGGCUAACUUCAACCAAAUAGGUGACAACGGUCAAAGCCCGCAACCGGCACUCCCCAUCCAACCCAGCAGCGUCCAGCGCGGCCCCUCGCCGUCCGGCCCGGCGAAUGCCGGCGCCAGUGGGCAGUCGUUCUCGUACUCGGCCUACUCCGUGCAGGGCACCGAGGGCUUGAUGAGCAUGGGGACGGUGACCUUUGUGGCGCAGAACGGGCACUUCUACACGGCCAGCGACCUGAAGACGGUGUCGCCCAUCAGCGCCGUGCCGGGCAUGACUCUGACCUCCACCAGCCGGCCCGAGGCCUUCUUCGCCUGGAUCGGCAACAGCCGCAUCCCGGGCGACCGCACGCGCAUCGCCUACUACUACGCUCCCGUCACCAACGCCGCGCAGCCCGCAGCAAAUGACAUGCCGCGCGCCAUGGCGCAGACCGGCUCCGAUGGGCUCUCCAAACUAACGGUAACCAUACAGAAACCUCUAGCCAAACGAUCGGCCGAUUCCGGACUAGAUAGCGCCAACGGUCAUCGGCAGCCGAUUUCCCAAGGACAAGCGCUGUUGCUCACAUUCUUUCAAAGCGAACAUCCAAGCGAGUCAUUCGAACGGAAAGUGGCCGUUUGCGGAGGCAACGUCAGCGGUGCAUGCCCGGCCUUAGCGGAAGUAUGCCAUUGGAACGGUGAAGAGUAUUCCUGUGGCUGCCCGCCAGGCUACCAACCGUCCAAGACGCCCGGUGCCGGCUGCGAAGAUAUCGACGAGUGCACUGACCCGGCGGUGAGCGGCUGCUCAGCCGACGCGCUAUGCAUCAACCUUGUCGGCAACUUUCUCUGCUUCUGCCGUGAGGGUUUCGUGGACACUUCCCCCGCGGGCGUCGGUUCGGGGAAGGUCUGUCGGCACAACGCCAGUGCGCCGGUGGAUCCCGACGUGGGGUCCGUGGAAGGGGUGGUACGGCAACUGGACCAGCGCGCUUGUGUCGGUUAUUACUGGUACAUAGGCGAGAGCUGUCAGAUUCACUGGCUUGCACUGGCUGUGGGACUUGCUGUAUUCGUGCUGCUGGUCAUCCUGGGAACCACUUGCCUGUGCUACCAUUGCAGCCGAAAGAGAAAGAUCCGUUCGGUUGACCUUUCGUACUAUGCGGGCCAGAAGCCGGUGCAGAUUCAUCCGCUACCGGAAGUCCACGGCCGACACAGAAAAGCCUCCAAGAGAACGUCGACACAAAGCCAGAACUGGGACUUCCCGCGGCGUCUUCUGGACCAGCCAGACGAGCAAGCUAAAAGCACACGGGGCAGCACGCUGACCUUGAGUCCGUCCUUCGUGUCCAGAAGCAGCGCUGAUAGUCUGGAGGAUCGUUUAUCGUGCGGCAGCGGUGACCAGCUGAUCCGGACCGGCCACGUCCGGGACCGCAAGCGGCACGCGCCGCCGCCCUCGGUCAGCAGCAGCCUGGAUGGCGGCCCCUCUGCCGACGCUUUUGAUGUGACCACUCUGUACCCAGAGUGGCCGAAGCCGGAUAAGCGCCGAUCUGUGAAUAAAUGCUGAGUGAUUUGAUUUGCAUUGCCUCCAUAUUGGACCGCUUCGUAUCUUUAAUAUCGUGAUUAGCCAACGCUCCAUGCUUGUUGAAAUUAAAGUUGAUUGAUUAAUGUUGAGUUUAAGCUUCACUUUGCACUUGAAAAGAAAUUAUUUUAAGCGUUCAGCUCGGGUUUAGACUUCCGGUUGGCAGUUUAAAUGUAGCCACAGCUAGCUAGACACGAACAAAUGCUGGGAGAACGAGCUUGACCGACAACCGACGGCAAGUCAUUACCGCCACACAGCCAACGCCUGUUGCCUUGUGACAUUCAUUCAUUCAUUCAGAUUUUUGAAUUGCUCUUCACAACCAGAACGAACACUUUCCGGCAACCCUAAUUAUUUUGAUUCUGUCGACGCCGC